GUUAAAGUUUUGAGUAAGUCAUAGAAGCUGCCCACGCCCUGCUAUUCUUUUUCUACUCUAGGCACAGGGCCCGAAAUUUGGGGGGAAGGAAGCCAGUCGAUUAGAUCGAUCCUAGUACGCAACUGGUACUUAAUUUAUCGACUCCGAAAGGGUGAAAGGCAAAGUCGACCUCGGCGAUCACAUCCUACUAUUUCUUUCUAACAAAUGAGAGCUUUUCAGGAUUUUGAAAUGAAUUAUCAGGAAAGAUAACUCUGGAUGUCAACAACUUUAAUCAGUAGCACUUAUAUACACACGCAUAUAUAUCUCUUUGACUGUCGUCUGUGUGUCUUGAUGUAGUUCUCGUCUUUACAUACUUGGAAAUGUAUAAUCGUAUUCGAAUCAUUUUUAGCUCACAAUACCAGAUAAUUUUCCUCUGUAUUUUAAUGAAUGCCAGGCAAAUAUAUUGCAAUGAUUAUCAAGCGAAUGAAUUUGUUUCCCGUACAGACACUGAGGAGGAACAUAAUAACACCCCAAGUAAACAACUUUCCUUGACAAAACAUAUAAAACAAGAUGUUUCACAAAUUAGAGACCCGUAUGAUUAUGAAAUAAUUAAAAAACCGGGCCAAAGCCCGACAACUUUUGUUCAUAAUAAUGCUACUUUCGGCAAAGAAUAUAAUGAAACAGUUGAUCAAAACAAACAGCUCGAAUUUAUUUACACAUAUGAGGAGUCAGAAAACGAGACGAAAGCUCUUCGUGUAUCUACUAGCAGCAGAUUAGCAGAAGAAAAAUAUCCAAUUAUAUUUGUUGUUCGCCAACAGGAAGGAGUCAUUUCUUGGACAGUUCCAUUCUUUUUGGAUUUUAAAUAUGAAUUCUUUCAUGUAAGUCGAACACUCUGUCCACUAGACCAAGAGCAUCGUGCAAACAUCAGUAAACAUCAGAAGAUAAUUAUAGAAGUUUCAUCACAGGUCAAAGAGCCAUCAGAUUUUCUUCUACAAACCUCCAUUGUGAAAAAUUUUAAACUACAGCUUGGUGUUGAGAAACAGGUUACAGUCACCCCAGCAGAGCCCAUAUAUUACAUGUUUACCUUCCCAGAUGACAUAGAAUCAGUUAUUGUAACAGGACUAUCAAAUGAUACCAGCUGUAUGACGAUAUCAAUUCAAGAUAUUAAGUGUCCAAUUUAUGAUCUGGACAGGAACAUCCGUUUCCAUGGUAUAUUUCAAACAAUGAGCAAAGAGUCUGCUAUUGUAGUCCAGAAAAAUCUUUACAGUCAGAAUGCUUUCUAUGUUGUGUUGGUUUUAAUGCUGAAUAAUUUAAAAUGUUCUGCUUCUGAUUCUGAGAAAGUGUUCCCGAUGGGAUCAGUUCGGACAAAAGAUUUGACAAUACUAGUCAAGGAAACAAUAUCAGUUGCACACUACUCCAGGGCUAUUAUCGCAUCUGUUGGACUUUUCCUUAGUUUUUACAUUGUUGCUGGUCUUGCAUUGUUAAUAUAUAACAAAUGUGGUAAAAAACCUCAAUUCCCAGAAAUAAGUGAAUUAGAACGAGAGAGAUUUUUGUGGGGUGCUGCUGGCUUGAUUCCAUCAGAUUCCGAUUCUGAUGAGAAAAGUGCAUUACCACAAGGUUAUCAAACUCAGAGAUAUGGCAGUAUCAAUGAAAGACGGAAUGACAACGUGUCAGCGCCUCUUUUGAAUCCCAUGUCUCCUAGUGCCACUACAGAAGAUACUUCAUCCGUCAACUCCUCAUUAGACACAGAAGAUAUUGAUUUUCUGAAUGAUGCAGAAGAAGAAAAAGAUGUUUUCAGAACAAAGACAGCAUUAUUUGUGUCUGACUUAUCUCGUAAAGGGCGGAAAAAACUGGAAAAAUAUGGGAAAGUGUACAACUGGAAUCUUUGGACAAUUGUUAUAUUUUAUGGACUUCCAGUGAUCCAGUUAGUCAUAACAUAUCAAAAAGUUCUUAAUGUAACAGGAAAUGAAGACACUUGUUACUAUAACUUCAAGUGUGCAAUGCCUUAUAAAGUUCUAAGUUCAUUUAAUAAUGUCUUCAGCAAUAUCGGUUACAUUUUACUUGGAAUCUUAUUCUUACUUCUUGUUUGGCGCAGGGAUUUGAUACACAGAGAAAUAGUAAAGAAGUAUGGAAAAGCUGAAGAGUUGUAUGGUAUUCCUCAACCAUAUGGUUUAUUUUAUGCCAUGGGCUUAGGUCUCUGCAUGGAAGGGGUCAUGAGUGCUUGUUAUCAUGUAUGUCCAACUUAUUCAAACUUCCAAUUUGAUACAUCUUUUAUGUAUAUCAUUGCCUGUCUUUGUAUGUUACGACUCUACCAGACUCGUCAUCCUGAUAUCAAUGCCAAAGCCCAUACAGCUUAUCUUUACAUGGCAUUCAUUAUAUUUAUAGCUGUCAUUGGAGUAGUUUACCAAACACCUGUUUUUUGGAUUGUUUUUGCUGCUAUUCAUUUUGUGACAACUCUAGUUCUGAGUGUACAGAUUUACUACAUGGGAAGAUGGAAAAUCGAUCUUGGACUUUUUAAUCGAAUGAGACUAAUGUUAUGCAGUGAUUUCAUACAGUGUGCAAAGCCUAUGUAUAAGGAUCGAUUGAUUCUCCUCAUCAUCAGUAACAUCAUGAAUUGGACCUUUGCUGUUUAUGGAGCUGUUAAGAAACCAAGUGAUUUUGCUAGUUAUUUACUUGCAAUAUUCAUUGGAAAUCUUCUUUUCUAUUUGUUUUUCUAUUUAAUUAUGAAGCUUCGAAGUAAAGAAACUAUAAAGAUAUGGACCCGAUUCUACAUUUUAAUGACUGGAAUUUUAUGGGCUUUUGCACUCUAUUUUUUUCUUAAUCAUCUUACUUCAUGGCAGCUAUCUCCAGCCAUGUCCCGUGAUAAAAACAGAGCUUGUAUUCUAUUAGGGUUUUUUGAUGAACAUGACAUCUGGCAUUUCUUAUCAGCUACAAGCAUGUUUUUCUCCUUUAUGAUUCUUCUCACACUUGACGAUGAUCUCCAACUAAUUCGAAGAGAUCGUAUUCCUGUUUUUUGAUACAGUUUCUCCAAAGGAUUUUUGUUUUUUUUACCCUGUCUUGGUCCUAGACAUUCCCAGUCACAAAUGAAGUAAAAUUUGGCACCGUUAA